AUGUUUUUAGUGUGUUUUAAUGAAAUUACUAAAUAUUGCCAAGAGUGCAUUAGAAACAUUUCAUUCUUAAGUAUUGUUCAAUUAAUAAUUAUUUGGAGUAUAUAUUUUAUACUUCCUGAACUAGGGAUUGAAGCAAAAGGAUUUUCUCCUUUAAUGUCUCGACGUGAUUUUAUACAUCAAAUUGGACCAAUGUUAUAUCAUUGUUUUAUUCAUGAAGGAAUAUUUCAUUUAUUUGGAAAUUCUAUUUCAUUACUUGUUUUUGGAGCAUCAGUAGAAAAAAAAAUUGGGACAACACAAGUUAUUUUAUUAUUUAUUGUAUCAAUAGUACUUCAACCAAUAUUAAUGAUUUCGUUAUUCUCAUUAAAACUUGCUUCAGGUAAUUCUGUUGUUGGAAUAAGUGGAUAUAUAUUUACAUUAAUUAUUAUAUUUUAUUAUCAACCAGGAAAAUAUAUGGAUAUUGUUUAUUGUUGUGUUUUAAAUAUCAUAACUUAUAUCUUUUCUUUAUUGUUAUUAGCUCAAGUAAGUUUAUCUGGUCAUUUUUGUGGAAUUAUUAUAGGAGUUUUAUACACAAGAGGAUUUCUUGAUUGGUUAUUUAAUUCUCGUCUAAUUACCAUUAUUGAUACUGUGAUUAAGAGAUUCAUUGGUUGUUUAAUAAUUUAUAUACCAAUUCCAGAUAAUUCUAUUAACACAAAAACUCAUUUACAAAUUAUGUCAUUAAUCAAAUCAGACAUUAAAUCAUUACUAUCUCAUUGUACCAAACACUCAAAUGAUGCAAAUACUCUAAAUUCAUUACCUAUUUGA